AUGGUUUCCCUCCCAACCUGGUUCCGGUACUUAGCCCACAAGCUCGAAUACUCGGCCACUAUCAGCUGGAAGAACUAUCAAAGAGGUCAAAUCACGGACAAAGAACUAGGUGAUGCCGUUUGGAAAAAUCUAUUUCAGGGAAAGUUAACGUACUUGCAUUGGAAUAAAGGACAGGAGAUGGCCCCUAGUAUAGGUGCGCAAGGGGGUACUCUUCUUGUCCGGAAGAUACCAGCUGCAGACCCAAGGCGUGUUUUUGUUGGGGAUGUAGUGGUCUUGAAGGACCCUGAGAAGGCAGAUAAUUAUCUGGUGAGAAGAUUGGCUGCAAUUGAAGGGUAUGAAAUGUUGUCUACUGAUGAAAAGGAUGAGCCUUUUGUUCUUGAAAAGGAUGAAUGCUGGGUGUUGGCUGAUAAUGAAAGUUUGAAGCCCAAGGAAGCCAAUGACAGUCGGAAAUUUGGGCCGGUUUCCAUGACAGACAUAGUUGGCAGAGUCAUAUAUUGCCUACGAACAGCUGUGGAUCAUGGCCCUGUGCAGAACAGGCGAGUUACUCAAACUGAAACUGCUUAA